CUCGUUGAUUGUGCCUAAAUCACAUAUAUUCUGGCCGAGGUGUUAACUUAACCGAAGAAAAUGGCCGACGAUAUAGACCGCGAUGACCGCAUGCAAGGCUUAGACAAGAAACGGAAAGGUCGUGGUCAUCGCGACACAACGGAAUGGGCAGACCGCUAUGGUGGAGCACGCUUCAAGGAGCUGGAUCCCAAUGCAAAGCCGGGGCCAACCGCGUCGGUGGAAGGAUGGGUUGUUUUUAUUACAGGCGUCAAUGAGGAGGCUCAAGAAGAAGAUAUUCACGAGGCAUUUGCUGAGUUUGGGGACGUCAAGAACAUUUACUUGAACCUGGACCGCCAGACCGGCUUCGUGAAGGGCUAUGCGCUUGUGGAGUACAAAACGCAAAAGGAGGCACAAGCAGCAAUUAAUGAAAUGAACGGGAAAAAGCUGUUGGAGCAGACAUUGCAGGUGGACUGGGCUUUCCGCAAACCCCAGCGGCGGCGAUGAGAGAGUGCACGGCCUGUGUGGGGGCCACACGCGCGGCACGGCAGCAGCGGCGGCGGCGGCAGUACUGCUUGCGAGCCCACCCAGCACACACCCCGCAUGCACAGUGCACAUAGGGUUUUAUCUAAAGCCCGGGGAGAGCGCAUGACGUGGUGGGAGGCUGCUGUCUUCCGGCCGUUUUCCUUUCACACACACAGAUACAUACACAGACAAGUAUUUGCUUGUGCUUGGCUCGCGUUCCACAUAUCAGACACUGAAGCAGCGGAAGCAGUAGCAUGAUGAUGAUAGUGAUGGUGGUGGUGGUGCUGCUGCUGCUCCCCAAGUGGACCUAUGUAUGUUCCGUAUGCGUAUGUGCGUGUUCCGUUUGCUAUCCCGAGCCGUGAGAACGGAAUGCGAUGUGUUUUGUGUGUCCUCUACCGGGUGGGGGUGGGGGUGAUUGGACACUUCAAUGUUUCGGUGUGUAUGUGAGUGAGACCUCGGAAGAGACCUCCCCUCUCCCGGACGUUGACGAUAGAUAUGACCUUUCCGGGAUAUGGGGCCGUUGCUGUCGUGUCGCUGAGAUUGGUGCCGCUCCACCUUCGCUACCUUUACUUGCUGCGACAUGUCGCGUGUAAGAUGAUGCGGUUGUUUGUCUGUCUGUCUCUUGGUCAAUUGUUGCUAUAACAACACCGCCGUCGCGACAGGACUUGUUUGUUGACACCUGUCGUGGACUCAUUGCACAGUGAAAUAGGUCCAUAUGUCAUUAAUACGGCGUGUGUCCGCUAUUGAUUGUUCGGUGAGGGGUGUGAGUGGGAUAUUGAAAACCUCAAGGGGAAACGACGAUCAAGGUGAGUUACAGUGUUUGAAAUAAUUGAAGUCUGCUGCACAUAGCCACGCGGGGGGACCCCGCGUUGUGGAAAGAAUAUCUCUGAUUGCAUCAUUGAUCACAAGCUUCACGGAUCUGAUGACAACACGUAAUUUCAAACAUACAGCAAAACGUGACAUAUACACACACACAUCUCGGGCACCUCGGGCCGGCACCUGCAGAUUCUCAGGUUGCGAUGUCUGAUGCAGGAUUUGUGACCGACUACCUUUUGCAUUUCGGCGACGCAUAGGACGACCUUUUAUUAUUGUAAUACGGCAAUUACGAAUCAAACCAGUAAUCCAAGUAACCCUCACAUGUCUCCCCAUUGAAUCGAGUGGGGGGGCCACCGGGACAUCGGCAUAUGAUGUUGUAACUGCCAUCUGCUGCGACACCACAAUACAUAUGUAUGGUAACUUCCAACGGUGUAGACACAACGGAAACACGACGUACGUACAACUCCGCGCACAGCUGCAUCCAAUGCGGUGGCGGUGGCGAGUAAGUGUACAUUAACACGAAAACACAAGCCAUGCACCCCGCCGUGUGCUGCCUAU